CUGCUCGCCGCGCUCCUGCAGCUGGCCCCUGCCCAGGCCCCUGUCUCCCAGCCUGAUGCCCCAGGCCACCAGAAGAAAGUGGUGUCAUGGAUAGAUGUGUAUGCUCGUGCCACCUGCCAGCCACGGGAGGUAGUGGUGCCUCUGACUGUGGAACUCAUGGGUACAGUGGCCAAACAGCUAGUGCCGAGCUGUGUGACCGUGCAGCGCUGCGGUGGCUGCUGCCCUGACGACGGCCUGGAGUGUGUGCCCACUGGGCAGCACCAAGUCCGAAUGCAGAUCCUCAUGAUCCGGUACCCAAGCAGUCAGCUGGGGGAGAUGUCCCUGGAAGAACACAGCCAAUGUGAAUGCAGACCAAAAAAAAGAGAAAGUGCUGUGAAGCCAGAUAGCCCCAGGCCCCUCUGCCCACGCUGCACCCAGCGCCGCCAGCGCCCUGACCCCCAGACCUGCCACUGCCGCUGCCGCCGCCGCAGCUUCCUCCGUUGCCAAGGGCGGGGCUUAGAGCUGAACCCAGACACCUGCAGGUGCCGGAAGCUGCGAAGGUGACAGAUGGCUUUUCAGACUCAGCGGGGCCACUUGCCUCACAGGCCACACUCCAGUGGGGAAAGCGAGGGGAGCCUGAUGAGAACAGCCCAGCCCCCAGACCUCAGCCUGGGCAGAAGCUGUUCCAGGAACUGGGCCUCUCAGAGGGCUCUCCUGUCAUCCCUUGUCUCGUUGAGGCUGCCAUCUAACAGGGUGGACAGAGUUGUAUGAGGAGACUUGGAGGCUGCAAGACAGGUCAUGUGCCAGCUAAGAGGAGAAUGGGGUGCUGUUUCCGUUUUUAACCACCUUGUGCAAGUGAGCAUCUUACAACUGGCUCCUCCCUUCCCUCCCUGAGAAAACCCAAAUAAUGGGAUUUGGGCAUUGGUACGAGAACUGUGACCCCCAACCCUGAUAAAAGAGAUGGAAGGAGU